AUGGCCUCAACCAUAACGAAGGACAACAAUAGCGCCCCGUCUGCAAUCGUCGACGAACUUGUUGCAGAUUUUCCAGGUCCUGCACAAGUGGCAAAACGACCAGGUCAUUCGGUCCACAUCGACGAAGAACCCAGGGCCCUUCAUCUUACCCCCUGCACGUUUACGCGGUACGCCGAACUUCCGCAAGGUGACCGUGAGAAAUACGACCUCGUCGACGGCUUGCUUGUCUUCUCACCAAGGAUGGGCGAUAACUUGCACGAACGCAUAGUGUCCUACAUUAUCAGCAAAGCUCAAGUUCUUCACGCCACUAAGAAAGCGUACAUAACCAUUUAUGGACGCGGAAAAGUGUACAUACCGAGUCGCAGGAGGGCUCUGGAGGCUCAGUUUGGUGAGGUGUUCGAUGACUCCGGCUCACCUACGUCCUCCCCAGGUGGGUCUAGUUCCUCCGGAAAAUCGGACACGGUACGCGAGCCGGACGUCUCCAUCGGCAAAUAUCGUGACGAUAGAGCUAUGGAGUCCACAGCAGGCGAGCAAUCAAAGACAAUCAGGUUUGGAAAAAACGUUGAUCCCCCCGUACUCGUGUUUGAGGUCACGAGUCCCUCCACUCGCAAUAUCGACCUCGACGAUAAGUGGAGAGCGUACCGCCGAGCCAACAUCGAAGAAUACGUUAUUGUCGACCGUGGUGGAGUUGGUGGAAAAGAUGCUUGCGUCAUUGUGGGUAAACUUCAUGGCCGAAGCGACAAGGACGGAGACCGACAAGCGUCUGGUGAUCCUACUAUAACCACUCGCGCCAGUGGCAGUUCGCCGAUGUACCACAGAAAGAUCUAUCGGGGAAAUGAGUCUGUCAUAUGCCGUAUCUUCAGCCGUGAAGACAAGAUAACGGUGAAAGAGUUGCUCAAUCCUCCGAGUGGCACUAAGGUGAUUGCGUACGAGCUGCAGCACAGGGACACAAAAAUUGCAAAGAAAGAUGCAAAGAUUACAGAGAAAGAUGCAAAGAUCAGGAAAAUCACGAAAGAAAGGGACGAAGCUCUGGCGUUCGUAGACAGAUUGGAAAACGAAAAGAUGCAGAAUAAGCGCGGCCGAAACGACAGAAGUCCGGAUAAUACAGGGGCAAGCGGAAGCAAGGACAAAAAUGACUCGCCCAGCAGCAGCCCGAACAAGAAGAAAGGCCGGAGCGGACAAGGCUCGACGAAGGGUAGGGGAGGGUCGGGGAAGUAGGCAAAUAGGAUAAGGAAGUAUGGGGAUGAAUAGGCAAUGGGAUUUGAUUUUAGGAAAGUAGCAGGAUGCGUAGGCCAACUGAGACAAACAAGUUGUCGUGACUCGAAUGUACAUGUUAGCCUUUUGCCAAAACACGUGUUUUCCAACA